AGAAGGCUGAUGUUUCUAUUGGCUGGCUGCCUCGGGCUCUUCCGCUUUUCCCGCUUGCCUUUAAUAGGAACCGUUUUACUACCGGGCUGAACUGUAUUUUCACUGCUGAACAUUUCACUACGCACUAUAUGCGUGUGAAUUUAAUAUACACUGAGCUUUUAAAACUCCUUCUACGCUACAUCUGGGGGGAAAAAAGUUCAUCUGUCCUGCUGAGGACAGAUGGGGCAUUAUUGGCUUUCGGUGUGCUCCUAUGGCUCUGGGAAUUGACUGAGCUUUAUCUCAGAUGGAGGAGAGGAACUAUGGGAGGCGUAGAAGCAGGAUCCCUGCGUUUAUUCGCAGUGGCUACUUGAGACACCUCACACAGGAAGCCAGUGACAGAUCAAGGUCACUGCAUGGCCUGGACUCUAAGGACUUCGACAGAGAGAGUAGUGCUAGCAAAAAAAUUGUUACCAUGGCACCUACUUCUAGGUACAUGACAAGCAGGAGCUUGUAUACUGCUCGAAAGCCACUGAUUUCAACAGAGCACCAGAUUUCAAUCCUGAAGAAUCCUCUCACACAUGAAUACUCAAAAAGGCUUCACAUGAGCAAUGUGGCAAAUUGUCAAACACAAGGUGGAAGGACAGAUUCUAACAUGUUGGAUAGCACAAGUGUUCCCAAGAUCAUUGCUUCUUCUCUUUCAGCAACCAGAGAAGACCUUUGUGCUUCCUUGAAUUUGUCAGAGCUUAGGCUGUGUUCUUCUCAUGAGGAACCUAAUUUCAGCCCUGUUCCUUCAGCAAGCAAAGUUGAAAGUAGGAGCCAUUCUAGUUCCCCUUUAGAUGAUUUGAGCCUUACAGUACCAUUAAGCCCUAAUUGGACUUCCACUCAGAGAAUUUUUCCUCAUUCAUACACUUCCCAAACCCGUACCUCCCAAAGGAGAAGAGCAUUUAAGCAAGAGAGAGACUCUCAGAUUAACACUGGCUUCUCACUAAGUACCAACAAGAGCUACUCGUCUGAACCUAAACAAAUGUCCCACUAUCAAACCACUUACUGGGCCUGUGCUAUCCCCAGUACCUUACCACCUUCUCCAGACCGCAAGUCUCCCAGCUGGGACCCUGACAAGGAGUAUCAGAACCUCUUGGAUUAUACAUACCCUCUAAGGCCCAACAUGACCAAUACCUGGAGUUCAAGCGAACACAGGUCGGGAACUGAUCAACCUUUACAAGACUCUGGCAUUGAAGUGGACAGUUUUCUCAGCUCGUCUAGUCUUUCUUUUUUGGAACAGCCUGUUUCUGCAAUGAGGCAGGGUAGAUCUGGUCCAGUGUCUACUCAAACACUUGGAUUCCAAAAUCCGAAUCUGAGGAAACUGGCACAUUCCAAGUCAUCUGACAUUGGAGUGUCUAGAAGCCUUAAUUCCUCACUGGAGCAGGUGGGUUUAUCAUUGGAAAGUAUGGAUUGUGUUGGGAAAGACAGCUUUCACUAUAAGAAAUUUGGCAUCUUUUCCACAUCCAGGUCUGCUCCAACCUUUAUCAGGUCCACAAGCAUCUUACCCCGUCUGGGGUCACUUGGCGAGUGGGAUGAAGAGUUUCUCCAGUUGCCUGAACAGCUACUGGAGAUCCAGGAUCUUUCUCAGAAACUAAAUGACAUCACAGCACAGAUAAGUCAGCCAGUCACCACCAACUGGGAGUCUCUGCAGAGGGAGAGUGCCUCUGUUAGGUCUUCAUCAGUACAAAUGGAGAAACAGGCAGCUGAGGUCUCUUGUGUGCAAGGGUCUGCUGAAGAAUUUCCUCUCACAGAACAAAUGAAGAGAGUUGAUAGUAGAAUGCAGAUAACCAGAGAUGUGGGGGAUCUGAGGGACCUGAACCAGAACCUGAGGGAUGUGGAAGCCAUUGUGGAUGAGCUGAGUGGAAUGUCUUUGUAUGAGUUUAAGAGGAAGACAGAGUCUGACGAGGUAGCGGAAGAGACACAAGAAUCCCUCUUGCGGUACUUACAAACUUUCUGCUCAAAUUUAGAAAAACUGAUCCACUGGUUGCACAAGGUGGUGGAGAAGAUAGACGUCCUUUCCCCUCCUUCAGUAGACAUUGAGAGUGUUAAAGCCUCUCUGGCUGACUAUAAGAGUUUUCAGGAGGAAGUCCAAGACCACAGGCCACUUACUGCAUCUGUCCUUCAGACUGGAGAGAUGCUUUUGUGCUGUAUGAACUCAGCUUCUCCCUUUCUGAAGGAUACACUGACGUUGAUAGAGAGGCAGUCCCAUGCAUUGGAGACUCAUUCAGAGUACCUCUUCUCCUCGAUCCUAUCUACCAUGGACUGUCUCACUGAACCAAACUCUCAGGACGACACAGAAGAGACGUCAUUCAGCAGUCAGGAUCAGUAGAGAUCAGUGUACCUGUGUCCUCAAUUAGAUGUCUUUCAGGACUUUUAUGUACAGGUGCUGCAGCAUGAAAAAAAAAAUCUGAAGCAAAGCAGUAACUCUGAAUGGUUGAGGUAUUUAACACUGUGCAGUUAUUGUACAUUUAUGGUUAAUAUAAAUGAUCUGUAUUUUUAUCACAUCUUGCCAUAAUUACAUUUAUGGUUACGUUUGUACGUUACACUUUAAAAUGUUUACUUUGAAGCGCUUUCAUGUUAUACAGUACUUUAAGCACACUUGUAUUGUAUCUCAACUGUUACCACAGAUGCACUUUUAAUUUUGCACAUUCGCUUUGUUCAGUUACAUGUACUGUAUACUGCUCUUAUAUUACUAAAAGGUCACUCAUCAUCAUAAUAGUAUUAUUUUUGCAACACUUUAUGUUACAGUGAAGUGCUUUUCUGUCCUGGUACACAUCAGGAGCUCAGGUUUUUAUGGCUAUUCAUUAAGUUUUAAUAAAGCUCACUGGUCCUCAAUAGCAGCCCUGCAGCUUUAAUUUCUCAGUGAGCAGAAAGGCACACAGUACAUUGCUAUCCAGGCAGCACAAGUGUGUGCCUUUUUAAGCACCAUAAUUUAAAUGAUAUACAAUAAUCCACCAUGAACCUAAAUAUUAUGUGUGGUAUUACAGACACUCCAUGUUCAAAUAAAGAAUCUAACUAUUUUUGGAUUAUAGACUAAGAAAGAAUUGUCUUUGUUGCAGUUUUCUAUCAACAAUAAACUUUGUACAACCCA